AUGUUAAGUAAGAUAAAAUCUAUCUUUAGUCUUAGUAAGGAGAACUUAGAAACAAAUAAUAAAAAUAAUAACUAAAUCCCUGUAAAAGAGGAAGAGUAUGUUCCUUCUGCAUUUGAGAUAUUGAAAUUCAAUUUUUAAUUCUUAAAAAUAGAUUACUCAAGCAUUUUGUACAGAUAUAUUUACUAUAUUUAUGAUUCUUAUGUGAGAGUUAUUACGCCUUUUAUAUUACUAGAAGUUAAAAAUGCAAUAGUUGAAAACGAUUUUGAAAAAAUGAAAUAUUAAAUUGUAAAGUAUAUGCUUUUAAAAUUUAUAUUACAGAUAUUAUGUUUCUUAGAUACCAAAAUAAACUAUAAUUAGAAUUAAGAAACUGAAUAACAAGUAUAGAAGUCUAUUUUAGAAAACAUUUUGAGCAAAGAUGUACAGUUUUUUGAAGAUAAUAAGAUAACAUAAUUAGCAGAUACAUUAAAGUAAGGAAGUGAAUAUAUAGCAAACGAGCUUUCUUAUGGAAAUAUUUACUAGAAAUUUAAUUUAGCAAUAACAAUUAUUUCAAAAAUGUACUUUAUAUACUACUUAAGCCCAUACUUAUUGAUUAACUUUUUGGUGACAUGCUUUUUAUUUUAGAUAGUUAUGUUUUUACUGUUUCUAAAGAUUGAAAAAUUACAAGAAAAAAAAAGUAAAAAAAAUGAUGUAUUAGAUUUUGUUGUUGAUGAUAUUCUUAAUAACAUAACAGUUAUCAAAACAUUUGGUACAGAAUUGAAAGAAUCUAGUAGAAUAUAAAAUAUGAUCCUAAAAAGUGAAGAGGAAUCCAAAUAAAUAAAUGCUUUAUAACAAAUGUCUUAUGUACUUAGAUCAGCGUCUUUUGAAAUUGUAAAUAUUUGUCUAAUUUUAUAAAUAUUUUUCUAAAUUGGACUCUCAGCACCUAUUAAUUAAGUUGCUUAAUCUAUCACUGAUAUCUUUUAAGCUAAUUAUUAUGGUUUUUAAUUGGCAAAUUAAAUAAUAAGGAUUAUAUUAAAUAAACCAGAGAACUAUUAUCUUGAUGGUAAAAAGUAAGCAGGCAAAAUAAUGUAACUAUUCAAAUUACAAUCUGGAAUACCUUAAGAUAUCUAUUAUGAUAAAAAAGAUGAAUCAUAAUUUACUGGCGAUAUAGUCUUUGAUAAUGUUUCUUUCAAGUAUCCUGCCUCAAAAGAUAGUUUAGCUAAAAUAAAUCAAAAGAUCUAGCAGGAAGAUAAAUCCAUUGAAAAUAAUCAAUAAGAUUAAAUAUCAUCUAAACAAUAAGAUGAGUUGGAAUACUCUUCUGAUUAAGAUUCUGACCUUUCAGAUUAAAAUUUAUAAAAAGAAGACACUAAAUUGCUUGAAUUAAAUAAACAAAAUUCUGCUUUUGAGAGAGAAUAUGUCAUCAAUAAUCUCUCGUUUAAAAUUAAAUAAGGUCAAUAUGUAGCUUUUGUUGGAAAGAGCGGAUGUGGAAAAUCUACAAUCAUAAAACUACUUUAAAGAUAUUAUGAUACUACUUCUGGAUCUAUCCUUUUUGAUAAUUAAAAUAUUCGUGACUGCUCUAUUGGUAAACUUAGAAGAAGCGUAGGUUUUGUAAGCUAGGAACCUUCACUUUUCGAUAAUGAUAUAGAAUAUAAUAUAACUUAUGGAUCUAUUGAUAGUGAUUACACUGAUGAAGAUAUCUAAAAAGUUUGUGACAUGUCAGGAGUUAGCGAAUUUGUGUUUGAUAAAAACAGAUUUCCGAAGGGACUAAAAACUUUAGUUGGCUCAAAAGGAAUGAAAUUAAGUGGAGGUUAGAAGUAGAGAAUAGCAAUUGCAAGAGCUUUGAUGAAAAAGCCAAAAAUUUUAAUACUAGAUGAGGCUACUAGCUCUUUAGAUGCUGAAAGUGAACAUUAAGUUUAAUAGUAAAUAGAUAAAUUAGCCUAAUAAGGAGAUUUAACUCUUAUUGUAGUUGCUCAUAGAUUAAGCACAAUAGCGAAGAGUGAUAAAAUAUUUGUACUUAAGCAUGGAGAAAUAAAAGAAGAAGGAACCCAUGCUGAAUUAUUAUCUAAAAAUGGUAUAUAUAAAAAGUUAGUUCAUUACCAAAUUAACUUUUAAGAUAAACUCAAAAAAUAAAUAUGA